AUGCUCGCAGAGUGGCGGGCUUCGGGUGUAUGUACACUGCAGCGCCGCCAACAACGCUUCCGGCGUUCACCUCCACUUUGGGCCUUCAGAUCCGUUUUUUUUCGCAAUUCUUUCAGCACUUCAUUUCCAAUUCAUUUUAACUUCCAUUUCGGUCCUUUUGAAGCCUCCAAAGUCCCUUUUUCCCGCCAGAUCGCCGCCGCAAACUCGCCACAGGGGCCCCCCCCCCCCAAGUUCCAGAAGGCCAAAAUGGCUUCUCCUUUCACCGGCGGCCUCGCCUUUUGGGAUUCGCACAUUCAACAAAAUGAAGACUCCGACGGAAGUUCAACUGCGGGAGCAGCAGCAGCAGCAGCAGGAGCAGCAGCAGCAGCAGCAGGAGCAGCAGCAGCAGCAGCAGCAGCAACAGCAACAGGAGCAGCAGCAAACGGGAUUCUCGCGAGUCUGCCGAAGCCCCGGCCUUCUUCUUUGAGUCUCGAAGAGCGUUUUCAACUUUGUUUAAAAGUGGCGGAAGAAUGCGUCCAGCCAGAAAUUCGGAAGGUGGGAGAGUACUUCGUGGAAGUGUGGAAGUCCGCGGGAAUGGAAAUGGAAAACGUUCACUUUUUGUGGGCCAGCGAAGUCAUUGGAAAAGACCCGGAGGCUUACUGGACUCUUGUGAUGAACAUCGCGAAGGCGAACAGCAUUUCGCGAAUUAAAAGGUGUUCUCAAAUCAUGGGUCGCACUGAAGGAGACGACCAGCCCGCCGCCCAGAUUCUCUACCCCUGCAUGCAGUGCGCGGAUAUCUUUUACUUGAACGCGGACAUUUGCCAGCUGGGCAUGGACCAGCGAAAAGUGAACAUGCUGGCGCGGGAGUACUGCGACGAAGUGAAGAGAAAACACAAACCUGUCAUUUUGUCUCACCCGAUGCUUCCGGGAUUGUUGGAAGGACAAGAAAAAAUGUCCAAGUCCAACGCGGACUCCGCGAUCUUCAUGGAGGACUCCGAGGCCGAAGUGAACAGGAAAAUCAAAAAGGCCUUUUGCCCGCCCGCGCAGGUGCACGGGAAUCCGUGCGUGGCCUACGUGGAGCGGCUGGUGUUCCCCGACAAGGAGUUCCGCGUGGAAAGGACUUUGGAAAACGGAGGAGACAAAGUUUUCAAAACUGCAGAAGAAUUCAAAAAGAGCUUCGCGGCGGGCGAGCUGCACCCCGCGGACUUGAAGGCGGCGCUGGCCCGCGAGAUCAACCGGCAGCUCGAGCCCGUGCGCCGCCACUUCCAAACCGACGCAAAUGCAAAAAAACUUCUCCAAGAAAUCUCCAAAUUCAAAAUCACGAGGUGA